UGGUGUUCAUGAUCAAUAACAAUAACUAACACCCAUACAAAUACAAAUAUCAGUAUUGAUCAAUAUAAUAUAAUAUAAUAUAUAUGUAAUUAGCAGUCCUGGAAAUGGAAAGAGUUGAGGAGGAUGCAGCGGUGGUGAUCGUAGGAGCUGGAAUUGCUGGGCUCUCAACAUCUUUAGCACUUCACAGAUUGGGCGUCGAGAGCGUGGUCUUGGAGCGGGCGGAUAGCCUGAGAGCUGCGGGAUUCGGUAUAGGAUUGUGGAACAAUGCCUGGAUACCCUUGGAUGCUCUCGGGAUCGCUCAAUCCCUUCGCCACAAGCACCCUCCGCUCACCGGUUUGGUAACCUUGUCAAUUGCUUCAGGGCUUACCACUUCGGAUAAGCCUUACACAGCCAUACACCAUAAGGGUGGGCUGGAGAGUCGAUGCGUGAAUAGAAAAGUGCUGCUCGAAACACUGGAAAACCAGCUCCCAAAGGGCACUAUAAGAUAUUCAUCCAAGGUUGUUCGCAUACAAGAAGAACAAGAACAAGAAACCACCCACGGCCGCCAUGCCUGCACCCUCAAGUCCAUCCACCUUUCUGACGGAACAAUCCUUAAAGCUAAGGUGUUGAUUGGAUGUGACGGAGUGAACUCCAUGGUGGCGAAAUACCUUGGCUUCAAUAAACCAUCAUCUGUGGGCCGAUGGGUGGCCAGGGGCAUUGCAUAUUAUGAAAACGGCCAUGGAUUUGAGCCAAAGUCAUUGCACUUCUUCGGAGAAGGUGUUAAAUACGGUAUUGUACCAUGCGACCACAACAGUCUUUACUGGUUUUUUGCAUAUAUUCCUUCUCCCCAAGAACAAGGAAUAGAAGAAAAUCCAGCCAAGUUGAAGCAAUUCAUACUGAGCAAUCUCGGAAAAGUCAGUGACAGGAUCAUCAAAGUGUUCCAAGGAACCCAUCUUACCAACAUUGUAUGUUCAGAGAUACGAACCAGGCAUCCAUGGGAACUGCUUUGGGGAAACAUAAGCAAAGGCAAUGUCUGUGUGGCAGGAGACGCACUACAUCCCAUGACACCGGAAAUGGGGCAGGGGGCGUGCGCAGCCCUGGAGAGCAGCAUUGUUUUGGCCAGAGCUUUGGCCGGGGCGAUGAAGGAAAGAACACUGGGAGAUGAUAGCUUGGAGAACGAGCUGCAGAGAAUCCAUAAGGGGUUAGAAAAGUAUGCUGAUGAGAGGAGAUGGAGAAGCAUCAAUCUCAUCACGGCGUCUUGGAUUUUCGGGCAAAUGCAGAAGGGCAAUGGGGCUGUCAUCAGCUUUCUGCGGGGUAAAAUAAUGGCCAAAUUCUUGGCUCGACUGAUGCUGAAGAUGGCGAGUUUUGACUGCGGUCCGCUUCAAGCAUAA